AUGGUCAUCGAACUUGAAAUUUUGAUAAAGAAAGAGGGUUGGUAUACUCGACAAAUCGAUUUUGUUAUCGAUCAGGAUUCAGGAUCUUUGACCCUUUAAAAAGGCAUACACAUGCACCUCUUGUGUCACUGUUGCGGAAUAAUCAGAAUGACGAGCGUUGCUUUGCUUUUACUCGCCAGCUGUGUCGGCGUCAGCCUCGGUUUGAACUCGUGGGAUCUUCCGCAGACGAACUUACUGUCGUUUGUGAACUCCGAGUUAGACCUUGAUUGGAUGAUUUUCAAGAAGACUUAUAACAGGACGUAUGUGGAUGCAAACGAGGAAGUUAGAAGACGUUUAUAUUGGGAAGAUACCUUGCAGUUCAUUCGGGAUCACAAUGAGAAAUUCAACCGAGGAGAAACUACGUUCACAGUCAAAGAAAAUGAUUUUGCAGAUAUGGCGGAAGAUGAGUUUGAGGAAAUCUAUCUCAGAGGUCUUAUUUUACCGGAAGUAGAGGAAGAAUACCCGAAAGCCCUUACUGAACCGGACCCGGAAGCUCCUCUUGAAAUGGACUGGAGAAGACAUGGACUUGUUUCAAACGUGAAGAACCAGGGAAGGUGUGGAUCAUGCUGGGCCUUUUCAGCAUUGGGAUCUUUGGAGGGACAACAUAAAAAAAAGCAUAAUAGUUUGAAAGAUUUGUCCGAACAGAAUCUGGUAGACUGUGCAAAUUAUAAAUAUGGUAAUUACGGAUGCCGCGGCGGAUGGAUGAACAAUGCCUUUAAUUACGUCAAGAAGUAUGGAGUUGACAGUGAAAGUUGCUAUCCGUAUGUAGCUAAGGAUCAGACUUGCCGCUUCAAGAGCCACUGUAGGGCGGCUAAGGACGGUGGUGCGCAGAACAUUGGCAAGAGUGAGCACUCUCUCCAAAGUUCAUUAGGCUCGGUGGGACCAAUCGCAAUUGCAAUGGAUGUCAAUAACCGGAAUUUCUGGUAUUACCACAAAGGAAUCUACGACUACUCAAGAUGUAACUCUGGAAGACCUAACCAUGCUAUGUUAGUUGUAGGAUAUGGUAAAGUUGGUUAUAAGCAAUAUUGGAUAAUCAAGAACAGCUGGGGAACUGGAUGGGGUGACAGUGGUUACGUAUUUGCAGCCAAAGGCACCGGCGACCGUUGUGGGAUUUCCAAAUGGGCGAGUUAUCCCACAGGAGUUUAAGAUGGUUUGGGUAUUAGAGAAUACAUAAUGGCUCGUUUGGAACUCUGUACCAAAACAAUAUCUGGAUAACCUCAUUGCUGACAGUUUAAAUUAUGUCUUGUUUAGGUCUCCAUACAAAAUAUGCUUUGCAAUGACAAUAUACAUUAUUUCUCACUUAAACAAUAGAACAACAUUUUUUUUACUUUGCUUUCUUGCGAGAAAUUACAAAUGCAUUGGCAAAGCUGGCAACCAUCUAUUGUAAUACUAUAUUUCUUGAGUUACUGGUCAAUGGCUUAUCAGCAAGUGUACUUCUUAAAUCUUUCAGAACAAGCAUAAUCAACUGAUAUUGUUUCCUGAUGAAAUAAUGACUGACACCCGUUCGCAGUAGUUUCCCUUUACAGUUAACAGCCGGUAGGGAAAAUAACUAUUGCGGUUAGUUUGCAGCAGAAAGGACCCCUUAUUCAAACAGGGCUAUGUAUUACAAACAUAUGAAUUCAUCUGUGUAAAUAUACUUUUCAUAACGAAAAUAGGUAUUAAAAAUGACUUGCGUAUGAUUUCCUUUGAAUAAAAGGAUUGAAACUGCA